AUGAAUGCACCACCACCGCAUCCGUUUGACCCUCUGAGGCCGGAGGAGAUAUCAAGAGCCUCGCGCAUAGUGUGUCCUCACUUUGGAAGCCAAGAGCCAAACUUUCGCGUCAUUACCCUCCUCGAGCCCGCAAAGAAGCAGAUGCUCUCUUAUCUCGAACAAGAACUCAUAGGUCAAGUGGCAGAACCUCCCACUCGCUAUGCUCGAGUCGAAGUGUCAACCAAGAAAGAUCCUAGCGGAACCCAACUCUUUGAACUUAUUGUAGAUCUCGAUAACAACAGCGUUGUCAAAAAGCAGCAUGUCGAAGGGAAACAUUCCUACAUUGAUACUAACUUUAUGAAAGCUGUUGAAGAAGCUUGUCUUGCUGAUGAGAAGGUCCAAGCUGAGAUUAAGACUCUUAAUAUUCCUGAUGGGGCUACUGUGGUUGUUGAGCCAUGGGCUUAUGCGACGGAUGGGAUGAAUGAUAUGACUGAUCGAGUUACUAUGUGCUGGUUCUAUCUACGACUGUUGGAGAACCCAGAUGCGAAUUACUACGCCUACCCUUUGGACAUAUGCGCUGAAGUAUCAGAGUCUCUUGAAGUCACAAAAGUGUACCGCCUACCGACAACGCCAGACGAAAGAAUUCACACCGAGACGAGGCCAUUCGAUCGUCGACGAAUUCACAAUACCACCAAGAGCGAAUAUCAUCCUGACUUAAGACCAAGCCCCAGAGCUAGCACUAAGCCAUAUCAAGUGGUCCAACCUGAUGGACCCUCAUUCAACAUCAACGGCAAUCACUUGCGAUGGGAGAAAUGGGAUCUUCGCGUCGGCUUCAAUUAUCGAGAGGGCCUCACUCUUCACGACAUUCGAUACGACGGACGAAGCCUUUUCUAUCGGCUUUCGCUAGCUGAGAUGUUUGUUCCCUACGGUGAUCCGCGGUCUCCAUACCCACGCAAGGCUGCUUUCGAUCUUGGUAACGAUGGAGCUGGCAUUAACGCCAAUAACUUACAGCUUGGCUGCGAUUGUCUAGGCACCAUCAAGUACUUCGACGCUUAUCAUAAUACACCAUCGGGCGAGCCUAUGAAACUGCCAAAUGUUAUCUGUUGCCACGAACAAGAUGAUGGAAUUUUAUGGAAGCAUACAAACUUUCGCACGAACAACCCCGUCGUCGCUAGGUCUCGAGUCCUUGUUCUGCAGACCAUUAUUACCGUUAGCAACUACGAGUACAUUUUUGCAUGGCACUUUUAUCAAGACGCCUCAAUCAAUUAUGAAGUCCGUGCGACUGGUAUCUUAUCAACUGCGACAACCUCCAUGGACCACAAGGGCGGCUACCCAUACGGAACUGUUGUCGCACCGGGGGUCUUGGCGCCAUACCACCAACAUCUCUUUAGCCUUCGCAUUGAUCCCGCAAUCGACGGCCAUGAAAACUCUCUCGUGGUAGAGGAGUCAAAGUCGCUUCCGAUCGAUGAUCCAGCUGUUCACAAUCCUUUCGGAGUGGGUUAUGUCACCGAGAGCCAGACCAUUGAGGAAGAAGGCGGUUUCGAUCUUGACUUCACUAAAGCGCGAACCUUCAAAUUCAUCAACGAGAACAAGAUCAAUCCAAUUACAGGCACACCAAUCGGUUUCAAACUCAUACCUUUCUACAGCCAAAUGCUUCUCGCCCACUCAGAUUCCUUCCACGCCAAGCGCUCCGAAUUCGCCGAGCAUGCAGUCUGGGUAACAAGACACGAAGACAACGACCAUUUCCCCGCAGGCAGAUACACGAUGCAAUCUUCCGGCGGUGACGGACUAGCGUCAGUAAUUGCGAAGCGCCGAAACACAGGCGUGGCUCAGUCGGUGAGGAACCAAGACAUUGUUAUCUGGCAUACCUUCGGGUCGACGCAUAAUCCCAGGAUUGAGGAUUGGCCGGUUAUGCCAAGCGAAAAGCUCACCGUAGGGCUUAAGCCAGUUAAUUUCUUUAUGGGCAAUCCGGGCUUGGAUGUUGCGCCUUCGACGCAGGAGACCAACAAAAGUGUGCUAUAUGCAGGAGAGAAUGAGGCUACUGCAUGUUGUGAUACGGGGCUAUGA